AUGGCUGCAAUAUCGGAUUUGAUGAGCAACAUAACCAAUUCCUCAUUGGCUAAGCAGAUGAAAAUGAACCGAGAUUCCUUAGAUAUCAGCGACUUCAGCUUCGAUUUAGAAGAAGAUGAUCGAAAUCAAAGUCUCAUAUCAGCUAUAUAUCGUAGUAUACAAGAUGGAAAUUUCAUGGGAUUGGUUGUGUUGACGGUUAUUAUAUCAGUUAUUGUACUUGUGAUUGUAAUAUGUUAUUUAAUGAUGCGUUUCAUGCAUCGAGCUCUAAGCGGUGGAGAAUCGAAAGGACCAUAUUCGUCCCCCUACGCAAAUAUGGUUAUUCAUUCGAAGAGGGUUUAUGAGAUACAAGCUGAAGAAGGCUGUUUUGCUGGCCCUGAAUCAGAGCCCACUGACUCGAAAGAGCCAUCGGCAACGAUAGUUGAGCCAGAAGAGGAGAAAUCUCCACGAGCUUCAUUACGAAGACCUGAAACUGGGGAUCUUCGACAGAUUCGAGCAGAAUCACCGCCUAUUGAUGAUCCCCGACAAAUGAUACGCAAAAAAGACAAAAAGAUUCACAAAGAUUCUGUGUGUGGUUUAAUGUUCCGACAGCAGCAUCAAAGCUUGCCGAAUAUGGUCUAA